CACUGCUUAGCAUGUUGACAUUUCUGCCUUCGAGGAUUCAGCUGCGACCAAACCAAGCGGCGCAUUUACAUAUUAUUUUAUUACGGUAGUGAUGACGAUGGAUCACAUUUCACCAAACCGCUCCACAGCAGGACUUCGCUAAAGUGUGUGUGUGUGUGUGUGUGUGUGUGCUGCUACUGAAGUUAGCCGACAAGCUAAUGUCAACCUGGAUCAAGCAACUGUGAGUGAUCAGCCCAUUGAAGCGAAGAAGAACUAUAACCAACAACAAGUGAGGAAACACAGGAGGCGUCGCCAUGAGGAUCUUACGGUUCCUGAGGAGCAGCCUGUCCACAGGGAAGGAGAUCGACUAUUACUCCAAAUUCUCACCGUCCCCUCUCUCCAUUAAGCAGUUUCUGGAUUUUGGUUCAGAGAAUGCAUGUGAGAAAACCUCGUUCGUCUUCCUCCGACAUGAGCUGCCUGUGAGGUUGGCAAACAUCAUGAAAGAAAUCAACCUGCUGCCAGACAACUUGUUACGGACCCCAUCAGUCCGGUUGGUUCAGAGCUGGUACAUGCAGAGUAUACAGGAGAUUAUUGAGUUCAAAGACAGAAAUGCAGAUGAUGAAAAAGUUGGGUAUGAUUUCACAGACGCUGUGAUAAAAAUCAGAAACCGGCACAACGAUGUCAUUCCCACCAUGGCUCAGGGAGUGGUGGAAUACAAAGAGACGUACGGCACUGACCCGGUCGUCAGCCAGAACGUUCAGUAUUUCCUGGAUCGUUUCUACAUGAGUCGGAUUUCCAUCCGGAUGCUGCUCAACCAGCACACGCUCCUCUUCGGUGGGAAGGUGAAGGUGAACCCGGCUCAUCCCAAACAGAUCGGCAGUAUUGAUCCGCACUGUCGUGUCAGUGAGGUGGUCAGAGACGCCUACGAAAACGCACGGAACCUUUGUGACCGGUAUUACAUGAACUCUCCUGAGCUGAAGCUGGAGGAAUCCAAUGUCAAAGAGCGGGAAAACCCCAUCACUGUGGUCUACGUUCCAUCUCAUCUCUAUCACAUGGUGUUCGAACUUUUUAAGAACGCCAUGCGGGCCACCAUGGAGUUAUAUGGCGACUCCAUGGAGUGUCCUCCCAUCCACGCACACAUCGCUCUUGGAACCGAGGAUCUGACGGUCAAGGUGAGCGAUCGCGGAGGAGGCGUGCCUUUGAGGAAGAUCGACCGGCUGUUCACCUACACGUACUCCACCGCUCCUCGGCCGAACUUCGACGGAUCACGCGCUGCUCCUCUGGCUGGCUACGGUUACGGCCUCCCCAUCUCUCGACUGUACGCUCGCUACUUUCAAGGGGACCUGAAGCUGUACUCUCUGGAGGGUUAUGGAACUGAUGCUGUGAUCUACUUUCGGGCCCUCUCCACAGAGUCCAUCGAGAGGCUCCCCGUGUACAACAAGUCGGCAUGGAAACACUACAAGACGAUCCACGAGGCCGACGACUGGUGCGUCCCGAGCAAAGAGCCCAAGGACAUGACCACGUUUCGUAGUUUCUAAUUUUCAAAAGACAAAUCAGUCCUGGAACAAAGUGUGUGGGAGAGUUGGGAGGUGGUAAAUGUGGUUUGUGUGUGUGUGAGAGCGUUUAAAGGUUCUGUAUAUCAGGUCAGAGGUUUUGCACAGAAAGUAAAAAAAUAGAAAGACUGACUGAGAAAAGUUUUAGUGCCAUAAAUUAGAACAAGUUGUUAUGGUGAUGAUAAUGGAGCAACAAAAACAAAACUGCUGCUUGUCCUCACCGCGAAUAACUGGAAAUAUACAUGAGCAGCUUUCUAAACAAACACACAAAUAAAAAACAAACAAAUUCUGGA